GAUAUGGAAAAGGUACCCAAAGAAAAGAUAGUAAGCUCAAUGUAUGUUUUUACUACCAAGAAACGGUAGAAGAAAGUGCAGAUGCGUAGCUAGAGGAGGUCAGCAAGGGCCGGAAACACACGAUCCGGACGCGGAAACAUACACAGUCGCACAGGAAGCACUGAUGACGGAUCAUCCAUCGCGUUAGGUAGCGGAUGCAGUAUUAAACAAUUAGAUAUCACAUCCGCAUACCUUUAUGCACCACUGAAAGAAGAACUUUACAUCAGAGCUUCUCCUCACUAUCGGCCUAGCAACAAGGUAUCCAGACUCGACAAAUCACUGUAUAGACUCAGACAAUCAUCCAAUUGAUACGGCGUCAUAAAAGAUUUUCUUGUCUCAAAAGGCGGAUUGACAGGAGGGAGAUGU